AGUGAUGUCCCCUUUCCACGUUCACUUCCGCCGAGUAAACCUUCAAAAUGGCGGCAAAUAACAAUAUUGACGUUGAUGAUGAAUUCCAUCAAAUGACAGUUAAAGAAUUGCGUGAAUACCUACGGGAACGAAAUCAAAAGGUGACUGGGGUAAGAGCACAAGUUUUAGCGCGAGCAAGAGGGGCGAAGGCACUUCGUUUGGAUGCAACCACCUUAGUACAACCCAGUAAAGGCGUUAUAUCUAUGCAACGGAAGCUCGUCACACCCAGCGGAUAUCGAAUGCCAGACCCCACUACAUUAAUGAUUGGAUGGAACGAUGCUUUUGAAUCAUUGCCGGAAUUCUCAGAGAAGGAAAUCUACAAUUAUAUGGUACUUAGCAACCAUAGGACUUCAGACACGAAACCCAUGAUGGCUAAACGACAAAUGAAGGCAGUGGUGUUUUACCAAGAUAGACAUGUUCACGGCGUAGCUCUACACAACAUCCAUCACGACUGUGACCAUAUGUUUGUCAGAUGCCGUGUAAUACCAUCACUACCAACAGCGGAUCCUAAGAAAAGCCCCGAUCACGAAGUUUGGGCAAGUCUCUCAAAAGUAACAGGUCGUGUUCAUUCAGCAAAUUGUACCUGUGCAGCUGGUGCCGGGGAGGCUUGUAAUCAUGUAUCAGCCCUGCUUCAUGCCCUUGCAGACAUUAGUCAGAAGAAAAAGGAUGGUUUGCUUUCAUGCACAUCAGUUGAGUGCAAGUGGAAAAUUCCAAGAAAAAGGAAGUUGGAUCCAAUGAAAUCGGAUGACUUGAACCUGAUGUCAAGUGGCAGGAAGAGUCAACAAAAAGGUACUGGGACUACACAAGGUACUGUCGGAAUACAGAAUGGAACAAUCAACAAAAGAUCAAUGUGUCCCAACAGCAACAUGCCACAGACAACAAUAAAUCUCACAGGAUUUAAUAAGAAGCUAAUUGGUCAUGAAACAAAAAGUAAAUGUGGAUAUGUUGUUAAUACAACUACUGUUACUCAAGCUCCUGAACCUAUGCCAGAACUUCCAAAAAUACCAUGCAUUGAUCGUUGUAUUCCUGACUAUGUUGAUAUUAAAUCGCCAACCUGUCAAACUACCUUUCAAAAUUAUUUUGAUUCCAUGUAAGUGUCAGAA